UGCCGCAUUAGCUGCCAAGGAGAUGCAACGUAUAGAGCGAGGGAUACAGGAAGGGGGCUGGUGAAGGUUGGAACAGCUUUCCUGCCCUGAUAUUAAAAUAAAGAAAUAUACUAUUUAGAGAUAUACAGAUUAUAUAUACAUAUUUGAAAAUAUAUAUUUAAAUAAUUUAUUUUUAUAAAGGUGCACGAAGACACGGAAAUGGCGCAGUCGGACCACAAGAAAUUUUUUGAGAACCUCUCCGGUGCGGGAAAGGCUAUCGGUGUUCUGACAAGCGGAGGAGAUGCCCAAGGUAUGAAUGCAGCAGUGAGAGCAGUUGUGCGUAUGGGAAUCUAUGUGGGAGCUAAAGUCUAUUUUGUUCAUGAGGGUUAUCAAGGUAUGGUGGAUGGAGGUGAUAAUAUUGAAGAAGCAACAUGGGAAAGUGUUUCUAGUAUGUUACAAGUGGGAGGAACAGUGAUUGGCAGUGCACGAUGCAAAGAGUUUCGUACCCAUGAGGGUCGCCUGAAGGCUGCCUGUAAUCUGGUGCAACGAGGCAUUACUAACCUGUGUGUGAUUGGUGGAGAUGGAAGCUUGACGGGUGCAAACCUGUUUCGAGAGGAGUGGAGUGGUCUUCUUGAUGAACUUCUCCAGGCGGGAAAAAUCGACAAUGAAGCCGUUCUGAAGUACUCUCAUUUGAACAUUGUGGGGAUGGUAGGAUCCAUUGAUAAUGAUUUCUGUGGAACAGACAUGACUAUUGGCACAGACUCUGCUCUGCACCGAAUCAUUGAGGUUGUAGAUGCAAUCAUGACCACUGCACAGAGCCACCAAAGGACAUUUGUUUUGGAAGUUAUGGGAAGACACUGUGGGUACUUGGCACUUGUUAGUGCAUUAGCUUGUGGGGCAGAUUGGGUUUUUAUUCCGGAAAUGCCGCCAGCAGACGGAUGGGAAGACCUGAUGUGUACAAAACUAUCAGAGAACCGUGCGCGAAAGAAAAGGCUGAAUAUCAUUAUUGUAUCAGAAGGAGCGAUUGAUUCUAACAACAAAUCUAUUACCUCAGAACAUAUUAAGGACCUGGUUGUGAAAUGUCUGGGUUUUGAUACCCGGGUGACAAUCCUAGGACAUGUGCAAAGAGGAGGAACCCCUUCUGCUUUUGACAGGAUUUUGGCUAGUAGAAUGGGCGUUGAAGCAGUCCUUGCACUGCUAGAAGCUUCACCAGAUACUCCAGCCUGUGUUGUCUCACUUUGUGGAAACCAGUCUGUGCGGCUGCCACUCAUGGAGUGUGUACAGAUGACUCAAGAAGUACAGAAAGCCAUGGAUGAAGGGAAGUUUGAAGAAGCAGUCCGUCUACGCGGAAGGAGUUUUGAGAACAACUUGAAUACUUACAAACUACUUGCACACCGGAAACCCCAGUCCGAGCUUCCACAUAGCAGUUUCAAUGUGGCAGUCCUGAAUGUUGGAGCACCUGCCGCUGGUAUGAAUGCGGCUGUCCGCUCAGCAGUAAGAGUGGGCAUUACAGAAGGACACAAGAUGUUUGCUGUGAAUGAUGGCUUUGAAGGAUUUGCUAGAGGAGAGAUAAAGGAGAUUCAUUGGGGAGAUGUAGGUGGCUGGACUGGUCAAGGUGGAUCUCUGCUGGGCACAAAACGAACUCUUCCAGCAAAGUAUAUUGAAAAAAUCGCUGAACAAAUGCGAAUAAAUAACAUUAAUGCCUUGUUAGUGAUUGGUGGAUUUGAGGCCUACCUGGGACUCUCGGAACUGUUAGCCUCACGUGGGAAAUAUGACGAGUUCUGUGUCCCCAUGGUUAUGGUCCCCGCUACAGUCUCCAACAAUGUGCCUGGUUCAGAUUUCAGCAUUGGUGCAGAUACAGCUCUGAACGCUAUUACUGAUGCAUAUGAAAGUUUGCUGCAGUUAAGUGAAGCACGUCUCCACUUUGAGGAGCUUUGUAUCCCCAUGUGUAUGCUGCCUGCUACCAUUAGUAACAAUGUGCCUGGCACUGAUUUCAGUAUCGGUGCUGACACUGCGCUCAAUGCCAUCGUGGAGACAUGUGACCGCAUUAAGCAGUCCGCCAGUGGCACAAAGAGACGUGUGUUCAUCAUUGAGACGAUGGGAGGAUACUGUGGCUACUUGGCUAGUGUGGGUGGUCUAGCAGCAGGUGCCGAUGCUGCGUACAUCUUUGAGGAGCCCUUUGAUAUCAGAGAUCUCCAGUCCAAUGUGGAGCACUUAACAGAAAAAAUGAAAACAAGUAUUCAGCGAGGCCUGGUGCUGAGAAAUGAGAAUUCAAAUGAAAACUACACAACAGACUUCAUCUAUCAGUUGUACUCCGAGGAGGGAAAGGGGGUGUUUGAUUGCAGAAAGAAUGUCCUUGGUCACAUGCAACAGGGUGGUUCACCUUCACCAUUUGAUAGAAACUUUGGAACCAAGAUAGCAGCUAAAGCAAUGCUGUGGAUUUCUCGCAAGCUUAAGGAAACCUACAGACAAGGGCGAGUGUUUGCUAACACAGAGGACUCGGUGUGCUUGCUGGGAAUGCAUCGGCGUGCCCUUAUCUUCCAGCCAGUUGUUCAGCUUAAGGAAGAGACGGACUUUGUGCACAGAAUUCCUAACGAACAAUGGUGGCUAAAGCUACGCCCACUGAUGAAGAUUUUGGCCAAGUACAAGACAAGCUACGAUGUGUCCGAUUCUGGGCAGCUUGAGCACGUAGUACGCAACAGAUCCAAAGAGACUGAGAAUGUAGCAAUCUGAUGGGACAUACCUCUGUCAUAGUCACUGUAGGUCAAUUUGUUUUUCCACCAAAUUGAAAAGUGUGCUAAGCCUUCUCCUAAAUUAUGAUUUAAGUUAUUUUACCAGCACUUUAUGUGAAACAAGGGUUCCUGUCAACAAGUAUUUGACCUCCAUUAGUGUGCCUGGAGAGAAGAAAGUCCAGAAGAGAACAGCAAUGAUUUGCUUAACAAAGGAAUGUCACGUUCUGCUUGAUACAUAAACUUAUCCGCUUGUCUCCAUACACUUGUGUUGCUUAGUAUAAAUACAUAUAUAUAUUUAUUAUAUAUGUAUGUGUAAUUGCACUUUGUUAACAUCUAUAGUCUCUGUAAUACAUCCAAAUAAAACUAGCGAGCUGUGUGAAACGUUUGUGUUUGUGAGACCAAUGCAAUAAAUAUAUUUGCAAUCUGA